AUGGCUGCCUUCCUGAAGAAACCCCUGAAACUGGCCCUGGUGCAGUUGGCAUCGGGCGCCGAUAAGGCCGCCAACCUCACCCAUGCCCGUGGCAAGGUUCUCGAGGCCGCCAAAGCAGGCGCAGGUCUGAUUGUCCUGCCCGAGUGCUUCAACUCCCCCUACGGCACCGCACACUUCCCCAAAUACGCCGAGACUCUGCUCCCCUCCCCGCCCACGAAGGAACAGUCCCCCUCCUUCCACGCCCUGUCCGCGAUCGCCGCCGAGGCCAACGCAUACUUGGUCGGUGGCAGUAUCCCAGAACUGGAACCCACCACCAAGACUUACUACAACACCUCGCUGGUCUUCUCGCCGUCGGGAGCCUUGAUCGGCACCCACCGCAAGACGCACCUCUUCGACAUUGAUAUCCCCGGCAAGAUCGCCUUCAAGGAGAGCGAUGUGCUCUCCCCAGGCAACCAGCUGACCAUCCUCGACCUUCCGGAAUAUGGCAAAGUCGGGCUGGCCAUCUGCUACGAUAUCCGCUUCCCGGAGGCGGCCAUGAUCGCUGCGCGCAAGGGCGCUUUCCUGCUCCUCUACCCGGGCGCUUUCAAUACCACUACAGGUCCGCUGCACUGGGAAUUACUCGGUCGGGCACGCGCGGUCGAUAACCAGACCUAUGUGGCCAUGUGCAGUCCCGCGCGCGACAUGGAGGCGGACUACCAUGCCUAUGGGCACAGCUUGGUCGCCGAUCCUGGUGCCCAUAUCCUAAGCAUGGCGAACGAGAAGGAGACCAUUGUAUAUGCGGAUCUGGAUAACGAGACGAUCAAGAAUAUCCGGUCGAGCAUCCCGAUCUAUACACAGCGCCGGUUUGAUCUGUAUCCGGAUUUGACCUGGGCCCAGUUGGGCGGUUAUCUGCCUGAGGCACCAAAUGCCCACACUCUCAAUUUCGAAAAAUCGCACUUCCGCUUCGACACCGACCACCUCUCGCCCACCGUCGACACCCCCCAUUCCAAGAUGUCCAACGUCAAGACCGGCAAGAAGACCCGCUCGGCCAUCGCCGACGUGGUGUCGCGCGAGUACACCAUCAACCUGCACAAGCGGUGCCACGGCGUCAGCUUCAAGAAGCGCGCUCCCCGCGCCAUCAAGGAGAUCCGCGCCUUUGCCGAGCAGGCCAUGGGCACCAAGGACGUCCGCCUCGACCCCCAGCUGAACAAGAAGGUCUGGGAGGCCGGCAUCAAGGGUGUUCCCUUCCGUCUGCGCGUGCGCAUCUCCCGCAAGCGUAACGACGAGGAGGGCGCCGUGGAGCGUCUGUACUCGCACGUCCAGGCUGUCAACGUCAAGAACCCCAAGGGUCUGCACACUGCCACCGUUGACGAUGCGUAA